ACAUUAUUACAAGUGCAUUCUCGUUAUUUCUCAGCUCGACAAGGGCAAUUGGUCGGCUUUCAUUUUCCCGAUCGUAUUUCAGUUGACCCCGUGGCAUCUGAUCAGCUCUUCAUUCCCAUUCCUCUCCACUCUCCACCCAACCGUCCAUCAAACAAACCAUGGCCGACGACCUCCAAUCCUACGCCAUCCUUUUCCUCAUCUGGCUAAUUUCUACUGUACUUAUCCGGAUCAUCUUCUCCAAUUCCCGAACCACGGCACGCUGCCUUCCGCCGGGCCCGAUACCGCUUCCGGUCAUCGGACACCUCCACCUCCUCGAUCCCAUAACUCACCAAGCCUUCCACAAGCUCUCCAAGCGCUACGGACCAUUGAUCCACCUCCGCCUCGGCUCCGUUCCUGCUGUCGUUGCCUCCAACGCCGAUAUAGCAAGAGAAAUCCUCAAGACCCACGGGACCACCUUUGCAUCCAGACCUCAAUCCUCAGCCAUUCAAUACCUCGCCUACGGCGCUUCUGGUUUCGCCUUCGCUCCCUACGGCCCCUACUGGAAGUUCAUGAAGAAACUCUGCAUGUCAGAUCUCUUAGGCGGUCGCACGCUUGAUCAGCUCCAGUCCAUUCGUCGUGAAGAGAUCCGGCGAUUCUUGCGACUGCUACAUAAGAAAUCCAACGGCGGAGAAACAGUCGAUGUUGGCCUAGAGCUCAUAACGAUGAUGAGCAACAUAGUAUCGAGGAUGGCGAUGAGCCGGAUAUGUUCGGACACAGAAGUGGAAGUGGAGGAAGUGAGGGAGAUUGUGCAUGAGAUGGCGGAGCUGAUCGGCACGUUCAACGUAUCGGAUUAUAUCGGGUUAUGUCGGAAUUUGGAUUUGCAGGGGCUGAAGAAGAGGUAUGGGAACGUGCACGGGAGAUUCGAUGCGAUGAUGAAGAGUAUCAUCAAAGAGCGUGAAGAAGAGAGGAAGACGAAGAUGGAGAGAGGCGAUGGUGUGAAGGAUAUUCUCGAUAUUUUGCUCGAGAUAUCGGAAGAUGAGAGCGCCGAGAUGAAACUGACGAUGGAGAACAUUAAAGCCUUUAUCAUGGAUAUCUUUGUGGCGGGUACUGAUACAACUGCAAUCACAACAGAAUGGGCUUUGGCGGAGCUCAUCAACCAUCCUGACCUGUUCAAGAAAGCAAGGGUAGAGAUCGAUUCAGUGGUUGGAAAAAAUAGAUUGGUCGGAGAAUCCGACUUCCCAAAUCUUCCUUACCUCCAUGCAAUUGUCAAAGAAACACUCAGACUGCACCCGACAGUCCCAGUGAUUCCUAGAGAAUCCACUAAAGACUGCAAAAUAGGAGGCUACGAUGUACCAGCUAACACCCAAGUGUUCAUUAAUGUGUGGGCCAUUGGAAGGGACCCCGAGCAUUGGGUUGACCCACUUGAAUUCUGUCCUGAGAGAUUCAUGCCAUCCGAUGAAAGUGACCGGAGUCAUAACGUGGAUGUUAGGGGGCAGCAUUUCCAUUUCUUGCCAUUUGGGAGCGGACAGAGAGGCUGCCCAGGUACUUCUCUAGCGUUGCAGGUUGUACAAACGAUGCUCGCUUCCAUGAUCCAAUGCUUUGAUUGGACGGUUGGGAUCCGUGGAGAGUGUGCAACUGUUGAUAUGAUGGAGGGCCCAGGAUUGACACUCACUAGGGCACGUCCCUUGGUGUGUGUCCCCGUUGCCCGUGCAAAUCCCGUACAUCUCAACUGACUUAUGAAACACUCAAGUUUUUGAUGCCCACAUGUGUGUGGAACCAGCACACAUGCCCGCAUGGGAC